GGUAGAACGUGAACUUUACAUUUUAAGAUAAACUGCAUUUUAUAUGUGUUAAAAUCCUUGAGAUGGACUUUUCUCUGAAGAAUAUACCGGAAAUAAACCUUGGAGAUUUUUUACUCGAUUGCAUGAGCUGUCACGAUCCAAAUAGACCAGCACUUGUAGACGAAGAAACAAUCUACACAUAUCGAUCACUAAUUAAUAGGAUAAAAUGCACCGCAUCAUUUCUACAGAAGUACGGUAUCAAGAGGAAUGACGUCAUAUGUGUGAUAUCACCAAACAAUGCAGAUUUUGUGGUGGCGUUUUACGCAUCUGCUUUGAUUAACGCAAUCAUUUUGCCAAUAAAUCCAGAGAACAAUAGCUGCGAUGUCGAGAAAAUUAUCUUGGAGACAAAUACUAAGAUUGUGUUUACAGUCCUACAACUGAUGCCCAAAGUGAGAGGUAUUCUUAAAGACAAUUGCAGGAUAAAGGUUAUAUGUUUUGGAGAGGAAUUCGAUUCGCUGAUAAAAGCAAGCGAUGGUAAUUAUGUUAAACACCAAGGAGAUCCAAAAACUGAUACCGUCGCACUAAUGUCGUCAUCCGGAACAACUGGACCGCCUAAGAUCAUUAUGGUGUCACACUAUGGAAUAAUUGCCAAUACACUGCAACAAAGAUCUGCUGGCUUACAUACUGACCCAGCUUCAGAGUGUUUCAUUGUGUUUCUGCCACUAUUUCACGGUUAUGGUCUUUAUUUGGUAACACUGUUUGGUCACUACAUGGGAGCUAAGAUUGUUAUAAUGAGCAAAUUCCAACCAGAUGAUUAUCUAAGACUCAUAGAGACACAUAAGCCUGCAACGUUGCACGUAGUAGCAUCAACAAUGGUUAUGCUGGCCAAGGAUCCAAGAUCAACUGUUUAUGACCUUUCAUCUGUCAGAAAUGUCAUUUGCGGAGCUUCACCAGUGAGCAAAGAAAUUCAAGACAUGGUUAAAGCAAAACUGAAUAUUGAUUGCAUUAAUCAAGGAUACGGUUUGACUGAGACAGGUAUGGUAUGUUUUAAUGGAAAAGAUGAUUUUAAAGACAAAUCUGCCGGAAGACCCUUUCCUUUAGUGAGCAUGAAGAUUGUCAAUAUUGACUCUGGUGAACUAUGCAGUGUGGACGAGGAGGGGGAAAUCUGGAUAACAGGACCACAGCUAAGUCUCGGCUACUUCAACAACCCAGAGGAAAACAGAAAAAUAUUUGCCCCUGAUUGUUGGGUCAAAACUGGUGAUGUCGGCCGACAAGACUCGGAAGGGUAUUUGUUUGUGGUAGACAGGUUGAAGGACCUCAUGCGUUGCAAAGGUGUCUAUAUUUCACCAUCACGUCUUGAAGGUAUUUUGUUAGCCAACGUGAAUAUCGACGAUGCUGGUGUCGUUGGAAUACCAUGUGAAGAUUUUAGUGAGCUACCAAAAGCUUUUAUUGUCAAAAGGGAAGAUUCAGACGUUACAGAAACGGAUAUCGAAAGAUACGUGGCAGAUAAUACACCACCACAUAUGUGGCUUACUGGUGGGGCCGAGUUCGUCAAAGAAAUACCAAGGACGCCAUCUGGAAAAAUUCUUCGAUAUCAACUGUGCAAAGAGUAUAUGGAGACCUCUAAAACUCCAGAAAUAAAAGUAGGAAUCAAUGGGUUUGGUCGCAUUGGUCGUUUUGUUGCAAGAGCUGCCAUUGAAAAAGGCGGAGUAACUGUUGUGUCCAUAAAUGAUGCCUUAAUUGACCUUGAUUACAUGGUAUACAUGUUUAGGCAUGACUCAACCCAUGGCAGUUUCAAGGGUACGGUAGAGUCAAAGGAUGGAAAGCUGGUACUAAAUGGGCAUGCUAUCACUGUGCACAAUGAGAGUGAUCCAGCCAGUAUUCCAUGGGCAAAGGAUGAAGUGGAGUACGUUGUAGAAUCAACCGGAGUAUUUACAACAAUGAAUAAAGCUAAAGCUCAUUUGAAAGGAGGAGCCAAAAAGGUUAUCAUAUCCGCCCCAUCUGCUGAUGCCCCAACGUAUGUGUUUGGUGUAAAUGAGGAUAAAUAUGACAAAAGAAAUGAUGUUGUCAGCAAUUCAUCAUGCACAACAACUUGUCUAGCUCCCCUGGCUAAAGUGAUCAAUGACAGAUUUGGUUUAGUUGAGGGUUUAAUGACAACUGUACAUGCAUACACUGCCACCCAGAAAGUUGUUGAUGGACCUAGCCAGAAGGAUUGGCGUAGAGGCAGAACUGCUGCACAAAACAUUAUUCCACUUUCCACUGGUGCUGCUAAAGAUGUCGGAAAUGUUAUCCCUGAACUUAAAGGAAAGUUGACUGGAAUCGAAUUCCGUGUACCUGUUCCGGAUGUAUCUGUUAUAGAUCUGACAUGCAGGCUCGAAAAGCCGGCUAGCUAUGAUGAUAUCAAGGCUGCCAUGAAAGCUGCCAGUGAAGGUCCAUUGAAGGGAAUUUUAGGGUACACAGAGGAGAUGGUUGUAUCUUCUGAUUUCAUUGGUGAUACGCAUAGCAGCAUUUUUGACGCUAGAGCCGGCAUUUGUCUUAACAACAACUUUGUUAAGCUAGUAGCAUGGUAUGACAAUGCUUUUGGCUACAGUUACCGUGUGGUGGAUCUUAUCGAACAUAUGCACAAAACAGAUUCCAAAUAAACAGUUAUAGAUUUCUUAACAAUAUCUAGCUAAUGCUCCAAUGUAAAUAUUAAGAUAUACGUUAUAGAACAGAAUUUAAAGGAGCGUGAUAGUUAGUCAGAUAUGUUUUUUAGUGUUUAUUCUGCCUUUAGUUUUCGUUGUAUUUUUCCGAAUUAAUUAAAAUGGAAAGAAAAUUGGUAUGGUUUUCGUUUACAGCUUAAGGUAGUUCUGCACGUUCGGAUCGAAAAUUUUUCUACAAUGUAGAAUUUGAUUAAGCCCUGAUUUUUAAACUUCAGAAUAUACUUUGAUAACUCAGCAAAUAAAAAAAGAUAGGUUCGUGUUCUUGAUUUUUUGCUCUACUCAUUUGAAAAAUUUGGACCUCAAGCAAUUUUCAUAAUGGGAGUCUAUGGGAAAAUCAUAGCUUUCAUAACGUUUUCGCGAACAGAAACUUUUCUACAAUGUAGAUUUUAAUGAAACUUCUCAUAGUUGUAAAUAAACAUAUGGCCUAUAAUGUGGCGAAAUAAAAUGUAUAGGUCCAUGUGCUUAUUUUUGAGAUAUUUGACCAUGAGUAAAGUGAACCGCACAUUUAAUGCUAAUUUUAAGACAUUAUUUUGAGUUAACAUGUCAGAUGUUUUAUUAUCAUAUUUUAACUUUAGAAAGAUAGUAACAGUGUCAUUGUAAUAAAUUUACUCACUAGUUACCAUUAAUUCAUAAAAUAAUUUUCAUUUCCGUACGCCGAAUCCAGGCUUUAUUCUACGUUUUCCGGAUAAAUGACGAUAAGCCAUCACUUCCGGUUUAUCAAACGUGCAGAACUACCUUAACAGUAAGCUUUGCUUCCCUAUUUACCAUACACCUUCAUUGCUGUAAAUUCAAGUUUUUCAAAACUCAUUUAAUGUGCAUAUUGAAAGUAACACUUUAUACUUUGUCAAAAUCAUAAAAAUUACACAUAGUAGUGCAUUUUUGGCACAUUUAAAAAGAUGUUGUAAAAACAUACCAUAAUAUAAAUACAAAAUGUAAUAAAAUCAAAAAUCUCUAAAGCACAGAUGUGUCUUUAAGAAACGGUUAAAAAUCAUCUGACGUAUAGAGGGAAACUGCCUUUCGUAUUUCUAUUAAGCAUUUAUUUUGAUUUUGCUUGUCGCAGUUCUAUAUGCUUUUCUAAAAAAAAUAUGCUUCUCUUUCCGAUAAUGAAAGUGAAAUUUCUGAUAUUUUUUAACAUUAAAGGCUAAAAAUUUGGCUGUGAUGGACUUUUAUCGCUUGCCUGUCUCAAAUGGGCACAUGAUUUCUUGGUAGAGGGAGUCUAUACAAUGCUAAUAUUUUUUAGGUUUGUCUUAUAUAUGUCUAUGUAAACAAGUGAUCACGGGGCAGGGGAAAUUUAACCCCAGUGGCAUGAUGUGAAAAAUAAAUUGACAAAGGACUACUACUCAGUGCUACAAGCUAAAUAUUAUGUAAACCCCAGGGCUUAACGGUGUGUUUAGACAAGAAGAUUUCUUAAGUUUUGUUAUAUAAACAAUUGUGACACCCGGACGGUGCCAGAUUUGACUCGAGACAUGAUUUCAAAAUAAAAAAAAAUAGUAGAGGACCACUAUACAAAGUCUCUAAAAAAUGUUUUAUACUAGAUAUCUAAGUUCUAGGUCAGGAAGAAUGUGAUAAUUUUGAUUUCUUACUUAACUGGUGUACUUAAUGUUUUGUAUCCCGUGGGUUCAUAUUUUGUUUUAAAAGGGGUGAAAUUUUAAGGCGAACAGUUUAGGGUCGAUACAAGAUCCUUAGUAAAUGGAGGGAUAGUGUGUGACCUGUCAAAAGAUGACAUAGUGACUGUUGACGCCAUGAUGAACCCUUACGAUGAAACCAUGUCUGUAAAGUUGAGACAGUCUCUAGUUCAUGUCAUUAAUUACAUACCUAUAGUUUGAAACAUUGCUGUAGGUAUAAAAUGCUCAAAGUACUUAGCGAAAUGUCUUGAUGAAACUGCAGAGCAAGGUAAAGGAAUUCAUGGCUUAAUGACCGAGGGUCUCGCCAAGAAAUUCACAUCAUAACUCGGAAGAUAUGUGUCGUGACUUCAGAUGAGCGAUACUAUUUAUCCGCGGAAACUGAAAUAAAACUUUC